AUGAAGUUUUGCAAGAAAUACCAGGAGUACAUGCAAGGCCAAGAGAAAAAACUUCCUGGGCUUGGCUUCAAGAAGCUUAAGAAGAUUUUGAAGAAGUGCCGGAGCGAUUUUCAUUCCGACAAUGCCAUUGAUGGACUCCAUGACACCCAAACAUGCCCUCACCAUUGCCCAGUGUGCGAUGGAACCUUCUUUCCUUCUCUUCUCAAGGAAAUGUCUGCAGUAGUAGCUUGCUUUAAUAAGCGUGCCCAGAAAUUGCUUGAGCUACAUCUUGCUUCUGGGUUUCGGAAGUACUUUAUUUGGUUCAAAGCCAAGCUACAAAAUAACCAUGUUACCUUAAUCCAAGAGGGAAAGGACCUCGUUACUUACGCACUUAUCAACGCGGUUGCAAUCCGAAAAAUACUUAAGAAAUACGAUAAGGUUCAUUACUCUAAGCAAGGUAAGGCCUUCAAGUCACAAGCUCAAAGCAAGCAUAUUGAAAUUCUUCAAAGUCCUUGGCUGUGUGAGCUCAUGGCUUUCCACAUCAAUCUAAGGGAAAGCAAGGUCAAUUAUAGCAAGGCAUCACCUUUGUUUGAGGGAUGCAACCUCACAUAUGAUGAUGAUGGCCAACCCUCACUUACUUGUGAGCUCUUCGAUUCCGUCAAAGUCGAUAUUGCCCUCACUUGUUCCAUAUGCUUGGACACAGUCUUUGAUCCAGUUUCCCUCACUUGUGGUCACAUAUUCUGCUACAUGUGUGCUUGCUCGGCCGCAUCGGUCACUAUUGUUGAUGGCCUAAAGGCAGCAGAGCCUAAAGCAAAAUGCCCUCUAUGUCGAGAGGCUAGAGUUUAUGAAGGUGCUGUACACUUGGAUGAGCUUAAUAUUCUAUUAAGCAGGAGUUGCCCCGAGUACUGGGAGGCGCGGCUUCAAACAGAAAAAGUGGAGAGGAUUCGUCAGAUAAAAGAUUAUUGGGACGGUCAGAGUAGGGCAUUUCUAGGUGUCUGA